UCCCUCCUGCCGCGCCUUGCCCAAGAUGGCGGACCUCCGCCGCCAGCUGCAGGAGUACCUGGCGCAGGGAAAAGGCGGCGGCCCGGCGGCCGCGGAGCCGCUGCUCGCCGCGGAGGAGGCGGAGGAGCCCGGUGACGGGCCGGCGGGGGCGUGGUUGGGCCGCGCGGGCCUGCGCUGGACGUGGGCGCGGAGCCCCGCGGAGUCGGCAGCGACGGGCCUGGCGUGCCUCCCGAGUGUGACGCGCGGGCAGCGGCUGGCGGCGGGUGGCGGGUGCCUGCUGCUGGCUGCACUGUGUUUCGGCCUGGCCGCGCUCUACGCGCCGGUGUUGCUGCUGCGCGCGCGCAAGUUCGCGCUGCUCUGGUCGCUGGGAUCGGCGCUGGCGCUGGCGGGAGGCGCGCUGCUGCGGGGCGGCGCCGCGUGCGGGCGCCUGCUGCGCUGCGAAGAAGCGCCGUCCCGGCCCGCGCUGCUCUACACAGCAGCGCUGGGCGCCACUCUGUUCGCCGCGCUGGGCCUGCGCAGUACGCUGCUCACGGUGCUGGGCGCGGGCGCGCAGGUGGCCGCGCUGCUGGCUGCGCUGGUUGGGCUGCUGCCCUGGGGCGGCGGCACCGCCCUGCGCCUCGCGCUGGGUCGUUUGGGCCGCAGCGCCGGCCUCGCCAAGGUGCUGCCCGUGUGAGGACCUCGCGCCCUCGCCUCGGGUCAAGUACGCGGAGCCAGCGCCGUCGGAGACCGCGCCGGCCGAGCCGAGGACUGCACGGCGGUGCCCGGACGUCCGUGGCGAAGGCCCUGCCGCGACAGCCUGCGAGUCUAAGCCGGGAGCGGCUGCUGCCAGCGGAGGCGACAGCAGCGUUGGGAGCUCCUCGAUGUCAGCGUUUUGUGCUGGACUUGGCACAUGCUCUGAAAACAGAUUUUGUCAUUGAACUGGUGACAGGAUGGGAGACGGUUAUUAGAAGUUGCUUUCGAGGUAACUGUGGUCUUAGGUUCGGCUGAGUAAAGAAAAAGGACUUUUCUUCGAAUUAGCUGCUCUUGUGAUUUUUCUCAGGCUGUUUUGUCGUUUUAAAAUCCAGUGGUAGAUGUAGCGUAGCGACGGUAGUUUUCUGUUUUGGCUGUACUAAGACUUGGAAGUUAUUCUCUUCAGUCUGCGAAUCCAGACGGGUAUCAGAUUAAACACCGAAUUCAGCCACUGGACUUUUAAAAGUACUUAUUUAAGAUGGUUUAUCUCGGGUUUUUUCUUCAGUUAACAGAAUCAUAAAUAUGGUGCCUUAUAACAUGAAAGGAAAAUUAGUUGUGUAUUUCACGACGAAAGCGACGGACCAAAAGAAAUUUCCUGCCCCAAGAAGCAUGGGAUCCAGGAAGGGGCGCGUACAUGCUUAAUGGUCUGUGCGGAAAUCCUGCAAGUAGGAAGAUAAUUCUAGAUCCGGAAUACCUGUAUCUGAUGGAAACCAUGGAUUUCUACAAGCUCGAAUUAUUCCUCAUUGUAUAGUCUGCUUUGUAAACUAGUUUACAGUUUGCAGGCUGAUCUUAAGAUGUUUUAUAUGUCUAAUUGCUGCUUCCUUCAUUUUAGGUUCAGCAGUUACUUUUACCUACCUUAAUUUAUUGCCAGAAAGUAUGAGCCUAACAUUCUGAUGAGUCCAGAAAACUACGUUUUGUCAGUAGCAAUACACUAGGAAGUAAAAUAUAUUUAGAAUUUAAACGUGUGCCAGUGGUUCUCGCGCCUGCCUUGAAGAGCCACACCUCAGAUCAAUGCAGUCAGAACCUGGGAAGUAGGUCCCAGACAUAGGACCUUUUUAAAGCUCCCCAGGUGAUUCUACGUUCCCCAAGGUUGAGGACCACUUUUCUGUGCAUUGGCUUGCACAAUUUGAAAAUAAUCCUUUUCCUGAGCUGGAUCCCAGUGUUGCCUUAACAGGGUGUCUGUCGUGCCGCAGUGGAGCACUGCUGCUUCCUCCAACCCCAAAAUUUAUGUUGCUAAGUCAGGUCCCUAAGCCCUGUCCCAAGAAGUGACACAAGUGGCCAACAUCCACACUGUAGGCUUGCAGGCCACCCGCCCUGAGAUUUGGUAAAGAACGCUGCCUUGUUCCCUCCCCAUCAGUAAACAAGGUUACCUACCUCAGGAGGCUGCUUGUGAGAGAGCAAAUGCAGUAUUUUCAGAAUGAUUUUUUUAAUUGUAAAGACUUGUGCCAUUGCUUGCUCUUUCUAGUCCCCUAAAUUUCUGUUCUAGUUUUAAAUUUCUCUAGAACUUGCAAUAGUUGGGGGUUUUACAAUGUUUAUUUCUUAAAUAAAAACUUUAAAAUUCAACAUU